AUGCCUGCGUCCUUUCGUAUGCAAUCCGACAUUUACUUCAUCGACAACUCCACCAUGGCGCCUCCACCUAGGCCUGUGACUCCAUCCAGAGAUCAAUUCGUGACAGUCGAGACCAACUUGCUCCAUUCAAAAUCGUUUACUCGCAGCACCAAAGACAUGUGGCCAUUGGCAUUCUAUGGCAACGAAGCAGAUCAACAGCUUCAACAAUGUCCUCAGAAGAAUUGCAAUUCAACCAACAACAGUCGAUCGCCAAUCAAUGAUUCACAGACUUUCUUCAUUGCAUCGCACACGCCAAGGAAACGGUAUCGUCGCGCUCGAAGACAUGAUAGCGUUGUUCAACCGCCUCAGACCCAAUCUCGUCCGGUAGAUGAAUUCGAAAGCUGGUAUGCAGACCAGACAACACCGUCGACCGCAAGUUCUGAGAUCGAUGUCGCAACCGUCACAGCGAUACCCCAGAGCCCGAUGGCUCAUGAAGCCAAGGGCAGUCCCUCAAGUCCUAAAUCAUCGUCGCCUCGAUGGUACAGACCACUACCAAGAAGUACAAGCUCAACAUUUGGUCGCAGUCAAACUCCGAAUGGUAGCCCACCAAAACUCUUGAAUAGCGUUGCGAAUGACAGUUUCCCGAUCGUGACGCCGACUAAGCCUCAAUUGAAUCCUUACAUCUUCGACAACAAUCACCUCGCGCGCACCAGAAAUCGUAGCAGCAGCGCUCUGCGGUCUCCGUCGCCUUUCUCGACAUCAUUCAGCUCCGGAGGUAACGAACCACCACAAUUCUCGCUCGAUCUACCCCUACCUGACUUCAUUGCGCCGAGACCUGCGGUCAGGCAACGGUACGUUCCUGCUGGCGGUACCGCCAAACUAAAGGACCGUCCAGAAAUCCCCAAUUCUCAGUUGCCGCCUACCCUGGUCCACAACAUAGCGCAAGUACCUCAACAGCAGGAGACGUUUGUUUCGACGCAGUCUUCCACCACUACAACUAGCAACGACAAUUUCUUGACGAUGUCGCCUGAAGACCAUUCUAUGGAUCUUGACCCUCCGGCUUGCAUCAGCGCAUGGGACUCUAGUCCUGUCUCGAAGCAGCGGGGAUCCAGCGAAAGUGACAAGAUGAUGAUGAUGAUGUUCCGAGGCGAGAAGCGGGGCCGGACGGCGAGCUCAGCGAGUAUGCGAGAGAGGAUCAAGCGUGUCUUCUCAAGAAAGGCAAGCGAAGUGUUCGAACCAAACGUGGCGUCGUCGCAAGGCUCAUACCAGGGUCUCAAUGGAGUGUUUUCGUGA